AUGGCGGCGCGACUCGGAGGCGGCUUGCUCCUCGUAGCAGUCAUGUGCGUGGCGGCGGCGUGCGUUCCGACGAGCUGCGCGCAGCCUCCUCCGCCGACGAAGGCGCAGCUGCGCGCGGAGCUGCAGAGCAUGGCGAAGAGCAUCGUGAAGCGGUACCCGCAGUACUCGCGAUACGCGCAGGACGCCACCAAAUACAUCAACUUCGCACUGAACUCCAAGUACGAUCUGUCGGCGCUGCGAGACGCGUCCAUCCUCAUCCCCAACAACGUGCAGGCAGAAGCCCUCGCUAAGAGAAUCCCCGCUAAGAGCAGCAGCAUCCCCAAACUGUACAACAUCACAGCGUUCCACAUCCUGCGCCGCCGAAUGACCCUCCCGCAGAUGAGGCAGGUGAAGCUGCGGACGGCGAUAGGCACGCAGCUGAGACAGCCGCUCUUCAAGAUGACGCCGAUGGGGAACAACAGCGCUGUGUCGUUUGCUAGAGGGCCGUACUUGAAGGCAGACCAGUGGACCACCAUUCGUAUCCCGGGGCUGUACGUAGGCCGAUGGUUCAUUGCCCAUGGGGUGGAUCGGGUGAUCAUCCCCACUCACACCAAAAGGGUUAGGGAGGGAGGAGACGGAGAGGAGGCGAAGGCAUAUGGAGAGGAGGAUGAUGAGGAGGAGGAGGAGGAGGAGGAGGAGGAGGAGGAGGAGGAGGAGGAGGAGGAGGAGGAGGAGGAGGAGGAGGAGGAGGAGGAGGAGGAAGAAGAGGAGUGGUGGUGGAGGUGGUCGAGGUCGUGUUGA